AUGAAAUCGCCUGCAGGAAGUGUGGCAAGCAGCUUGCAAACAGAUGCAUCUGCAGAGCACUAUGCAGGGAAGAAGGCCAGGGCUGAAAAAGCAAUGGCAGGCAUGCGAGAACAGCUGGAGCAGGCCGCUGCUGAUGCGCAGAGAACUGCCGAGCUGGAUGGAGCUGGCAUGUUGGACUUGGUCAAUGAGAUGACUGUAAAGGAAGUUUCUGAGAUAGAAAAGCGACAGUCAUCUCAGCCUGCGAGCUUAGAGAGUUUGCAGAAAGUUGCAGAUGCAGACCAAGACGAAGAUUGCGAUGACGAAGAGAUGAUGAACUUUCUACUGUCGACUGACGAGGAAAGUGGAGACGCAAGUUCAAAGGAAGAGGAAGCGACUGGAGAGGGUGGAGGAGAAGAGGAAAGCAAGGAGGAAGAUGAGGAAGAGCAGAGUGAUCAAGGUGAGGAUGAAAGUAGUGGAGAAGAUGAUGGAGAAGGUGAUGGACAAGGAGAGGAAGAGGAGAAAGAUGAGGAAGAGGAUGACAGCAGUGAUGAUUCCGACAGAAGCAGCGCAGAGGAAGAGGAGGCAAGCCAGGGCGUCAGGAACAGCGCAACCUGCAAGCGAGAGUGGGACAAGUUCGACAGGCAGCUGAAGAGUGGAGCGCUGCCCUCCUCACUUGCUCCUUAUCUUAAAAAGAAGAAACAGGACAUCUUUGCGUUGUGGCUGGACCAUGAUGAAGACUGGGAUCAAGUAGCAGUAGCAGCAGAACGCAUGCAUGAGAGCAAAAACCUAGCCCGCAAACAGUGGACAGCCAUCCAGUACAAAGAGCUGGAGAAAACGUUUGACCAGACGAAGUUGGAGGAGAUCGUGAAGAAACGAACGGAGCAAGGGCUCUGGUAUGCAGACGAAGAUUUUCCGACAGACCCUAAGGAAACUUGGUACUAUAUGCCACAGGGACGAAUGGUAAGACAGGAUGACAGCACAGCUGACCAACUUCGACUGACGGCCAGCAAAGCUGCCACCCCUGAGUUGGUGAAUGCCCUGACUUCCGAUGAAGGUCCUCUUCCAAAUGGUGCUCUGCCAGCCGUCAAAGUUGCCAGUGAGCAAGGCACCAAGAAUCUCUUCUCAGCCUUAGAUGAUGAAGGGAAGGCCAUCGUCAAGCCAAAGAAGGUGAAGAAACCAAAGGAUGAAGCAGUUGAAGUCACUCCAAAGACAUGGACCGAGGAAGCUGCUGCUAUGGUGCCACAGAUCCUCGACGAGGCGACAAAGGCAAGAGCCAAGAGUAUCCAGUUGAAAGGGAUGGACUUUGCAGCAGAGCUUUCAUCCCAACUUAUGAAACAUGGAAGUGAGAUGGAGUCUUUCUAUUCCAGUCUCAAAGCUGCAAUCGAAAAGCCGUCCCCGGAUCGAGAUGAGAUCAAGAAAUUGGUCAAAGCGAUCAAAGUCAAGAGGGCUUGGUUUGAGAAGGCUGAGGUAGAAACGAACGAAGAUCCUGUGGAGUGCACGGCAAAUGUGCUCUUACCACAUGAAGUGUUUGGAGCCCUGCAUAGAAGGGAUAGAAAGCAGGUUCGAGAAGGCAUCAACAAGACCGUAGCUGAGGUGAUAGCAUGGUCACUGCAUCAUGCUGCAGCUGGCCAAUACCCCGAAACAGGGUUCUAUGGAGAAGAUCCGAUAUUGAUCCUCCUGCAGCUUUGCACGUGGUCCUUGGCCAGGGCCGUCGAAAUCAUGGACUCUGGAGGUUUAGUUUUCACGGCUGGUGAGGACACAAGUACGCAAACGGAAGCUCUCUUGAUCGAACGAUUGCCCGUGAAAUGGAUCCAACCCGAUUCCAUACGGAAGCCCCAGAAAGCAGCCGUACUCCUGCCUGUGGGGAGAUGGACAGGGUCUCCACGCGGCCCGUCAAUCACGAAACAUUACGUCCAAGACCCCAAGACAUGGCAAGAGGUCAUGAAAAUGGUGGACGACGUCUUCAGGGGAAGUUCCCAGCAGCAGAUCACUCUGAGCCCGGGACACGACAUCCGGAAACAGGUGGAACUGCUCAUCCCAUGGCGGGUGGAAAGGAUCCAAAUCGCCAAAACACCAAGGGCGCGGCGAAUGCCAACUGAUAUCCCAUAUACCCACAGAGCCAACAUCCUACUAUACAACGACGAUGACCUGGCCUUCGAGUCAGAAGACGUCGGGAACGUAGCGUUCCCACGGCAGCGUUUCUCCAAAGGAGUUCGAUACGCUAUCUGUGUGUAUGUGUACGCGCCGCAAGACCCAGAUGAGGAACAGCCAGUGUACGAUGGUCCGCCUGACGGCCACUCACUGGACGACCCCGAGAUUCCUCCUGAGGAGGUCCGCGGGUCCGGUAUCACCAUGCCAAACUGUAAAGCCCCCCGCGACGUUAAACGCGCGGUAGCGAGGCUUCACGUCAACUUACCCUGA